AUGAAUCCACGUAUCUAUCCAACUAUCGAUCCACGUAUAAAUCCACGCAUCAAUCCAGGUAUCCAUACACGUAUACAUCCGCGUAUCAAUCCAAACUUCAAUCAACGUAUCUAUCCACGCUUAUAUCCACGUAUAUAUCCACGAAUCCAAACACGUAUCUAUCGACGUAGGAAUCCACGCAUCAAUCCACGUAUCUAUCCACGCUUAUAUCCACAUAUCAAUCCACGUAUAUAUCCACGCAUCCAUCCACGUAUAUAUAAACGUAUCUAUCCCCGAAACUAUACACGCAUCGAUUCACUUUUCAAUCCACGUAACAAUCCACGUGUCUAUCCACGUAUCUCUACACGUAUAAAUCCACUCGUCCAUCCACGUAUAUAUUAA